UUGAGUGCCGAGCCAAUGAGAAAUCUUGGAUGGCCGAGAAAGAUCGGCUGCUCCGAGAGCUAGACCGGUGCCGAGAGCAGUUGGCUUUAAGUAGUGACACAGAGCAAGAGCGGGAACACGAGCGAGAGAUCCUGCGUUUGUCAUUGGUCGAGAAAGCAAGUCGGCACUCGCACAGUGAGGAAGUGAAGGUCUCUUACAGAGCAGCUGGCACAAGCACAUCGCCCUCGCUGAAAUGUACCGGGAGCAGUGUGUGACACUGGAGGAUGAGCUGGGAAAGAUACGAGAGGAGGGAGACGUGGGCAGGGAAAUCUUCAAG